CGGAAGCAUGGACUUGGUGGUGGAGGAAGCCGUAACCGACCAGCGGUUACGUGAACCACCCAACAACGGCGAGGAGUCCAGCAAUCGAACCUGCGAACCCACGCAGAGUAAUUAGAGGUGCGGCGUAUUCCUAAGCCCUAGCCCUUCAAGUUUUUCACUCUGUUCUUAUUUUACUAGAUGUUCAUUUAAUAUUUAACUAUAUUAUAAGCAGUAGUUCAAAUAUUCAAUACUGCAAUAUCAUGUCUAUUGGUGUACAUUUGGGAAACACAUCAGCCUGUAUUGCUGUAAGCAAAAAUGGGAAAGUUGACGUUGUUGCAAAUUCCCAUGGUGAUCGUCUUACUCCAGCAAUGGUGACGUUUCUUGCUGACGAAACUCUUGUUGGGUUUUCGUCCAAACAGGUGGCACAUCGUUAUAUACAAGAGACUGUUCGUCAUGCUAACAGUUUACUUGGAAAAAGGAUGGACAAUCAUAGUGGAAAAGAAAUGAAUGGUACACAAGAUGAUAUGGGAUUCUCUUUGAAUGAAGAUGGAAUGCUGGUAUUCAAUGUAAAACAUGGACAAAAAAACAUAUCCCAUUCUGCGAAUCAUAUCGUAAAACUAAUUCUCGAAAAUAUUUUUGAAACUGCUCGCAGUCAGGCUGGUAACGAUGUAAAUGAGGUUGUAGUUUCUGCUCCUAUUGGAUACACAUCAUCUUACCGUGACGCUUUGACAGAUGCUGCUUCCAAUGCUGGAUUUGAAGUUUUGCGAGUCAUCAGUGAACCAUCAGCUGCGGCUUUGGCAUAUGGCGUUGGGAUGGAUGCUACGGAAACCUUACCGUAUCAAGUAUUGGUAUUUCGUGCUGGAGGAAUCACUGAAGACGCUACACUUCUUGAAGUGUGCAAUGGGAUGAUCUGUAUUAAAAAGUAUAUAACAAAACAGUAUGGGGGAGAUGUUUUGACAGAAGAUAUUGCUAAUCACUUUGCAUCCAUAUUUGAACGUGAAAACAGAAUGUCUGUGGCUCAAAACAAAAGAGCAAUGAGUAAGCUUAAAACCCACUCAGAAAAGUGUAAGCAUGUUUUGUCUACUAUGCCAUCAGCGUCGUGCCAUAUUGAUUCUCUAUAUGAUGGGAGAGAUUUUAAUGGCAAUAUUUCUCGAUCAAGAUUUGAAAUGCUUGUAAAUGAUCAUCUUCAGGCGCUUGUGGCACCAAUUAAGGAGAUCUUAUUUGAUACUGAUGCAAAUGAUAUUAAAAAAGUUAUAAUGUGUGGCGGAACAUCAAAUAUUCCACGAUUACAGGAUAUGGUUUCAAAAUUGUUACCAAAAUCUGAAAUGUUAUCAAGUAUACCACCUUCUGAAGUAAUUGCCUUUGGUAAUGCUACCGAAGCUGGUUUGUUAAUAAACCUGGAUAAUACUGAAUUAGCGGAUGAAGAUUGUGAAAUACCCGCAGCACCCGUUGAUAUUUAUUUAAAUCUUUUGGAUAAGACUGAUCUGGUUAUCAAGGAAAAAACUUUCUUACCAUUUACAGUAGAUGAAGAUUAUUUGAUUCCAUUGGAUAAAACAGAAUGCUCUGUUCAAAUAUUAUUCAAAGAUUCAACACAAUCAGAGGAUAGUGAAUUUCAAAAAUUGUCUGAAAUUACAUUGGAUAAACUUACACCAGGAUCAUGUUUACAUGUUCAUCUAAAGUAUUUUGCUAAUGGACACCUUCAUUUUACAUGUUUGGAUAAAGACAGUGGUAACACUAAAACUUUAACCAUUGGGAGUUAAUGAAGGAGCAAAUUACAUGUAAUAAUAUUCUUAGGCAAUUUUAGAACAUAUCUUGACACAUUUUCGUAUGUAAUUCAACUUCAAAAUAUUUUCCACCAUGAAAAGCAAAAUAACUGUUAGAUUCUGCUAUAAUAUUAUUUCAAUUCUUCCACAGUAAAAGGUAUUCAAGUUCAUUAGCUGAACAUACCCUUGAAAGAAUUUGGCCAAAUCACAAGAACUCAAAAUAUUCAUUUAUAUGAAAAAAUUAGCUAUUUGUAUGACAUGUUGUGUUACUACUGUUGUGGCUAGAAGACUACUAACCAACAGUUCCAUGGCAGUAUCAAUUGAAAUAUUAGAAUCCCUACAAAAUUCCGUUGGCAUUUAUUUGACUUAAUUUUUAAAGCAUGAAUAGGAAGUUUUUAUUUACCGUAUUUGGCCAAUACAUUCUGCUAGUAUACGACAGUGAAUAUUGCUUGACUAUCUUGAGAAUUCUGUUUGUUAUAGUACGUAUUCUGUAUAAGGUUGAACUGCAAUUAUUUAAGCAUCAUCUGGUUCGUCAUUUCAAUUGUUAUCAGUUAUUUUCAAUUUCAGA